CUUGAGAAAUCAUCUACUUGGGGGACUCAAGAAGAGAGAGAUAAUAAUGGUGGUGGAGGAGAACCAGAAUCAGAUAAUGGAUUCCAUCGCCGGCGACUCAGCGAUGACGGCGACUGUAUCGGAAGACGAAGCAGAGGAAGAAACCACCACCUCCACCACCAACACAUGGAAAAACACCAAGGAAUCGCUGAUUCUACAUCUCUCUAAGAAGCUUCUACAUGGAGAUCUCGAUUUCCGAAUUGAAGCCGCUAGGGAAAUCCGGAAGAUGCUUAGAAAGUCUCCGGUGAAGUCUUCGGCUAGGUCAAAGCUCGCCGACGCCGGAGUUAUCCCGCCGCUUGUUCCUAUGCUUAUCUCCUCUAACAUUGAUGCUCGUCACGCUUCUCUCCUCGCUCUCCUUAACCUCGCCGUUAGAAAUGAACGGAAUAAGAUUGAGAUUGUAAAAGCUGGAGCCCUUCCUCCUCUGAUACAGAUUCUGAAGCUCCACAAUGCUAGUUUGCGUGAAUUGGCAACUGCGGCAAUUCUAACACUCUCAGCUGCGCCAGCUAAUAAGGCAACGAUUAUAACAUCUGGAGUUCCACCACUUCUGGUUCAGAUGCUUAGCUCUGGUACUGUUCAGGGGAAAGUAGAUGCAGUCACGGCCCUUCAUAAUCUUUCUGCUUGCAAAGAGUAUUCCGCCUCCAUUCUAGAUGCUAAAGCCGUGUCCCCGCUCAUCCACCUACUCAAAGAAUGCAAAAAACAUUCCAAGUUUGCCGAAAAAGCUACAGCCUUGGUUGAGAUGAUACUUUCUAACUCUGAGGACGGGCGGCAUGCCAUCACCAGCUGUGAAUCUGGUAUUCUGACUCUAGUAGAGACUGUAGAGGAUGGUUCUCCACUCAGCAUAGAACAUGCGGUUGGAGCGUUGCUUUCUCUAUGCCGCAGUAACCGAGACAAGUAUCGGAAACUCAUACUAAAAGAAGGUGCAAUCCCGGGUCUGCUUAGUUCUACAGUAGAAGGAACUUCAAAGUCCCGAGAUAGAGCCAGAGUCCUCUUGGACCUACUAAGAGAGACCCCUCGUGAGAAAGAAAUGGCUCCACUGAUACUAGAGAAAAUUGUCUAUGGCAUAGCAGUACAAGUCGACGGGGCAGAAAAAGCUGCUAGCACGGCUAAGAAACUGUUGCAGGACAUGGUUCAUAGAAGCAUGGAGCUGAGCAUGAAAAGCAUCCAACACAAGGCGAAGCCAGCAACUACUCCUAGUAUCUCGUCCAAAUCGAAUAGCUAACAAUGGUAAUGGUAAUAGUAUUGAUAUCCUAGAAGCAAGAAGUUUGCAUUACGAGAUUUGUAGGGUUUCGGGUUCUGAUGAGGAAAAAUUUCAAGAAUCAGAGCUGGGUUUAGGUCUAUAGAGUACUCUUACCUUUCCGGGACUGGAAGAAAAACCAUUUGGUAAGUUUUAAAGGCUGAAUUUUUCUUUCUCUUUAUUUUUUUGUACAUACUCUUUGGCUCUGGGUCAUGUGUAUAUCAGAACCCUUCAUCAUGCUUUUACACCAUCUUUUUCACAUUAGUUCGUCAUUUCUUCGUAUCCAAGUUUGGUUUUCUU